UCUUCUUCAUUCAGCAGUAACUCUUCAUCAGACUCUUGAGGAGACAGAAAUAAAGACCCCAUCAGGAGCACACACACAGCUCGAGUGUUUCUCAGCGAGCAUCUGGAUGGAGCGAGACGUAGGUGUGGAGCUCACACGGAGCCCCGAGACUCUCACCGAGGACGAUGUGUGUGUGAUCCAGGACACUUGGAGACCCGUCUACGAGAACCGAGAGAAUGCUGGAGUCGCUGUGCUCAUCAGAUUUUUCUCAAACUUCCCGUCGGCGAAGCAGUACUUCGAUCAGUUCCGUGACAUGCAGGAUCCCGAGGAGAUGAAGCAAAGCAUCCAGCUGAAGAAACACGCUCUGCGGAUCAUGACCGCCCUCAACACGCUGGUGGAAAACCUGCGCGACGGAGACAAACUCAACACCAUCUUCCAGCAGAUGGGCAAAUCACACGCGCUCAAACACAAGGUGGACCCGGCCUACUUCAAAAUUCUGGCUGGAGUCAUUCUGGAGGUUCUGGGGGAAGCUUUCCCACAAUGCUUCAGUCCAGCAUCAGUGCAGAACGCCUGGUCUAAACUCCUGGGCGUCCUGUACUGGCAGAUGAACAAAGUCUACGCUGAAGUCGGCUGGGAAUCCAUCAAAAACUCUGCAAAGUGAAGGAGAGAACAUAUGCAUAACUAUAUGUAUUAAACCAAAGAUUAUUACAGUCAUGUCAUGUAUAUCUGACUCAUUUCUAUAAGUGAAUGAAAAAGACGUAGUAGUAAAUAAAGAUGUGUUGUUGUAAAA